AUGUAAAAUAAAAUGAACAUUUAAGAUGUGUAAGAAGCAGGACAAACAAUUUAUUAUCCAUAAUCAGCCAAUAAUAGAUAUAUUUAUGAUACUAGAAAUCCUCUAAUUCACUUUCGUCCUCACUCUGCAUCUGUUUUAAAUACACAUCGCUUUAAACAAGAUUAUUACAUGCAUAAAGCUAGAAUAAGAAAAUAGUCUUUCAACAGCUGUAAAAAUGAUAAAUUUGACAUAUAAAUGAGUGAAACUAAGGCUAAGUCUUUGAAACCUAUAAUUGUAGAGAGUAAAAUGAAGAUUAAGUUGAAUGAAAAUAGCAACAGCAAUAAAAAAAGUUAAAAAAUAAAUCUUUUUAAGAAAAUGCCCAACAACACAUAUCAAAAUGCCAACGAUUUCUUUUUAUAUUUGAAAGCGUCAUCAAGGAAAAGUAAUCAAAGUUGCUUCAUUGAAAGGGGUAUUAAUGAUAACGAUCUCUAUAAUGUAAGUCCUCUUAAAGAAAAAGUUUUGAAUGUAAGCAAAAGGUCUAGCUUUUCAAAGAGCAUCUUAAAGCCACUUAACAUUUAGGACAUCCAACUAGAUAACUAAUGCAAAUAAAAUUAUUUCAGUUAGCCCAAAGUAAAAUAACACAAAGACAAUAAAGACACUCCUUUAUAUGGAUCGCCAAUAAAAAGCCCUAAAAAAAAUAAUUUCUAUGAUUAUAUGAAUGAAAAUAGCCCUCCUAACACAGGAAAAACCUAAACCUCGCCAAUCAAAAGAGAAAAGUAAGAUUAAAAUUUGUUUGACAUUUUUCAGAAGCAAACAUUCUUCGAAAAGCUAAGACUUAAAUUUGGUACUUCAUAAAUUUUAGCAAUGAGAUACUCCCCUGAUGAUAAAUAUUUAGCUUUCUCUCAAUCGAAUGGUAAAGUGACAAUAUUUAGCGACGUAAAAGGAGUGCCUUUGCAAACAAUAAGACAAGAAUAUCCUUGUAAUAGUGUUAGAUGGAAUCCUGCUGAAUAAAGACAUUGCUUGCUUGAAGGAUAUGCUAAUGGAGCUGUAGUUUAUCGUUAAAUAAAACCAAAUUUAACUAAUAGAGUCAUCUAAGUGUUUGAGCAAGGAGAAAAAAUAGAAGAAUAAAAUUAAGUUAGUAAUAAUAGUAUAAAUUGUUUGGAGUUUCUUCCAUCAGGAUUGAGCUUUUUAAGUGGAAGUAGUGAUUCUUAAAUUAGACAAUACGAUAUAGUCACAGGAAAAAAAAGAAAUACAAUUAAAUACCAUAAAAAUCGAGUGUUUGCUAUAAAAAGCAUAGAUAACAAUUGCUUCCUUAGUGCUGGAUGGGAUCAUACUGUUUUCUUAUAUGAUCUGAGAGCCUCUAAAGUUCAAAAAUAUAUAUAUGGUCCUAUGGUAUUUGGAGAUUCUCUUGAUUUUAAUAAUUACCAAGUUCUGUGUGGGUCUUGGAGAGAAUAUAAAUAACUUGAAAUUUUCGAUCUAAGAAAUGACUAGUCAUAAGAAAUCAAAUGGGAAAAUAUAUCUAAAAACGAAAUACCUAAUUUUGUAUACUGCUGUCAGUUCUCAAAAGUAAACCAAAAACAUAUUGUAGCAGGAUCUACAGGAAAGUAUGAAUUAAGAGUGUUUGAUAGAGAAGAUAACUACAUCUGUAUUGACGCUAUUGAUAGAUCCCUAACAAAGGGUGUUUUCUCACUAGAUUUUAGAAAUAAUUCUAAUCAUAUAUCUUUUGGCACAUCAGAUGCUUCAUAUGGACUUGUGGAAAUCAUUUGA